AUGUCUCGGGUUUCGAAUAUUUUACCUGAUAAGGCGGUCUUUGAUGACUUCAAAAAACAGUGUUUAGCAACCGACAACUGGCAAAAUAAGUAUGACAACAAUGGGAUGCAAGUGUGGAUCGAGGUGCGCGCUGUGAAUAAAGGAAAUCACGUACCUAAAGUCCACAAGAUGAAGUGUAAAAUGAUAGUUAAUGAUGUGUCAGCUGCUACCAUGUUCGACGUCCUUCACGACAGCCGGUACCGCAAGAAGUGGGAUGUAACUAUGCAGGAGAGUUUUGACAUUGCCCGGCUCUCUGCUAAUGCUGAUGUGGGCUACUACUCUUGGCGUUGUCCAAUUCCAUUAAAGAACAGAGAUGUUGUGACACUGCGCUCGUGGCAGGUCACAGAUGACGAGUACAUCAUGGUUAACUUCUCAGUCAAACACCCGAAAUACCCCCCUCGCAGGGACCUCGUAAGAGCCGUUUCCAUCCAGACGGGGUAUUAUAUCAAGGCCACGGGACCAAAUAGUUGCAUUUUUACAUAUCUUUCACAAGCAGACCCCAAAGGCUCUCUCCCAAAGUGGGUGGUGAACAAAGCAUCCCAAGUUCUUGCUCCUAAGGUAAUGAAGAGUGUGCUCAAGGCGGGACAGGAAUACUCAAACUGGAAAAGUCAGAAUUCCCCCGAUUUCAAGCCCUGGCUGCACCCAGAGCAGAACACCCUUCCCAUGAUGGACCCCGCUGAGCUGUCAAUUCAGAGAGCAGACUCACUGGAAAAUGUGGAUGAAAGCUCAAAGCUGGAUGCUAACGAAGGGGAGGACAGCAGCUAG